AUUGGGGCAGCGGGUAGGACCAUGAUUGUUGCAAACACGUUUGGAUUAUUUGCACUGCUCCUGCUUUUUGCAUUAGGUGGCUUUGUUCUGUCACGAGAGGAUGUUAAAGGAUGGUGGAUAUGGGGUUACUGGGCUUCACCUAUGAUGUACGCACAGAAUGCAAUUCUUGUAAACGAAUUCACAGCACCCAGUUGGAGCCGACUUGUAAAUGGAACUGAGACAUUGGGAUCUGUUGUCACAAAAUCUCGAGGGUUUUUUCCCCAAGCAUACUGGUAUUGGAUUGGAACAGGGGCUUCAGUCGGAUUCGUGUUUCUAUUCAACCUCUUGUUUGUUCUUUCUCUAACAUAUCUCAAGCCUUUCGAUAAGCCUCAAGCUACUAUACUAGAUGAAAGCGAAGAUGAUGCCUCACCUGGAUCCGCAUCCAUGGGAACCGAUGCCAAUGAGCCCGAUCAGAACAAGAAAAGAGGAAUGAUUCUUCCAUUUGAGCCACAUUCUAUUACAUUUGACGAAGUUAAAUACUCCGUUGACAUGCCAACUGAAAUGAGAGCUCAAGGUGAUGUUGACGAUAAAUUAGUGCUCCUGAAGGGUGUAAGUGGAGCUUUCCGGCCGGGUGUUCUAACAGCUUUGAUGGGCGUAAGUGGGGCAGGUAAAACAACAUUGAUGGAUGUGUUGGCUGGUCGAAAAACAGGUGGGUAUAUUGAGGGAAGUAUCAAGAUUUCAGGGUAUCCAAAGAAUCAGGAAACAUUUGCUCGGAUUUCUGGAUACUGUGAACAGAACGACAUCCAUUCUCCUCAUGUUACUAUUCACGAAUCCCUGCUUUACUCAGCUUGGUUGCGUUUGCCUAAAGAGGUUGAUGCUGAAACUAGAAAGAAUUUCAUUGAGGAGGUUAUGGAACUUGUGGAACUUACUCCCUUGAGAGGAUCACAAGUUGGGUUGCCAGGUGUCAAUGGUCUCUCGACUGAGCAGCGCAAGAGGUUAACAAUUGCAGUCGAGCUCGUAGCGAACCCUUCGAUAAUAUUCAUGGACGAACCAACUUCAGGGCUUGAUGCUAGAGCUGCUGCAAUUGUGAUGAGAACAGUCAGGAAUACAGUAAACACAGGAAGAACGGUUGUGUGUACCAUCCAUCAGCCCAGUAUUGACAUUUUUGAGGCAUUUGAUGAGCUAUUUUUAAUGAAACGAGGAGGACAAGAGAUAUACGUUGGUCCUUUGGGUCAUCAAUCGUCUCAAUUGAUCAAGUACUUUGAGGUAAUUUGUACGAUCAAACAACAAGAAAUU